AUGGAGUCCGACGGCGAGGAGGAGGCGGCGGUGACCCCGGGGACCGCCACCCCAGCCCCGGCGUCGGGACGCCUCAAGGGCUGCCCGGAGCUCUCCGUCGACGCCGACAUGCGGGAGAUGGCCAAGACGGCCGCCUGGAGCGUCAGCUCCUGCAAGCCCGGCAACGGCGUCUCGUCCCUCCGCGACGACAGCCUCGACACAUACUGGCAGUCCGACGGCGCGCAGCCGCACCUGGUGAACAUCCAGUUCCAGAAGAAGUUGCAGCUGCAGCUUGUUGUGCUCUACGUGGACUUCAAGCUCGACGAGAGCUACACGCCGAGCAAGAUCUCCAUCCGGGCCGGCGACGGGUUCCACAAUCUCAAGGAAAUUAAAACGGUAGAUCUUUUGAAGCCAGUGGGAUGGGUUCACGUAUCAUUAUCUGGCACUGAUCCCCGAGAAACAUUCAUUCAUACAUUUAUGCUCCAAAUUGCUGUGCUGGCCAAUCACCUGAAUGGGAGGGACACUCAUGUCCGUCAGAUCAAGAUAUACGGACCUCGACCGAACCCUGUUCCCCACCAGCCAUUCCACUUCACUUCCAAGGAGUGCAUCAUGUACUCCAGUGUCAGGUGACAACUGAGGAACCUAGUUGCCUGGAAAUCCACCACAUCAGAGGUCAGUUGUGAAACUUUGAUCGUGAGCUGGGAGCUUUGUUCUUCCAUUACACAGAGAUCAACAGUAGUAUCAAGUAGCUGCUGAAGCAUCAGCUCUUUGUUGACAUGUAGUACUAGGGGUGUUCAAAACCGGUGUGGAUUCAAACUGCAGAAACCAUAGGUCACUUUUCUGUACUACUGCCGCCGCCGGCGUUGCAGCUAAUGAAGUGAAAUGAACUAGUGCAGUUGUUGCCUGUUUUCAUGGUUUCAUUUGGGACUGGGAAUGAACGCCCCUGUGUGGUACCAUGUAACUGUUGCAUUUCAUCAACGUAUUAGAUCUCUUACACAUCCAUGCAAUUUAACAAUGUCUUUCCCUGCUGU